AACGUCAUCGUUGUCAUAAUUCUUCAAAACCAAAACACGUGCGCAUUUAAUUCCAAGCGUUUUUCCACAUUUUAUUCAAGAAAAUUUUUAUAAAUUUAAUUUAAUAAAAUGGCUAAACACGCCAAACCAACAAAAAGAAAAGCCGCUUCAAUCAAAGAAUCAGAAAAAAUUGAUGAUAAAGAGGAAGUUAAUGAUGAUGAAGAGGUGGAUUUAUUAAAGAACAUUGGCAACGAAAAUGAUGCCGAUAGCACAGACGAUGAAGGAAUUGACGAGGCCUUCAACUCCGAUGAGAGUGAUGAACUAGAAUUUGAAAGUGACGACGAGGGAAAUUAUGUCAAGAAAAAUGUAGAAGAUGAAGAAGAAAAUGAAGAAGAUGACGAUGAUGGUGAAGAUGAAGGUGAGGAAGAAUUAGAUAUUGAACAUGAUUCUAGUAGCGAUGAAGAAAUCGAAGAAGAUGAUGACGAUGACAGUGUCAUUGAAGAUGAACCUCUUCCCGAAGACAAACCAAUUCCAUCGACAUCAAAAUCAAUUGAAAAAAAUAAGAAAAAAGACCAAACAAAACAAAAAGAGUCAAAGAAAGUUGCAGAAGCACCUUCAAAAGACGCACCAGUUCCCCCAAAAGCUGCUCCCAAAAUCCAAGUCCCUCGCGUCGAAGGUGAAUUCAAAAUAAACAAAAAAAAGAAAUCAGCUUUGUCGAAAAUACAAAAUAAACUAAAAAAAGACAAUAAAGGAAUUAACCCAUUAACUGGCGAAGAAUAUGAAAAUUCCGACACUUCGGACGAAGAAGACAUUCGAAAUACUGUUGGCAACAUCCCAAUGCACUGGUAUGAUGAAUACAAACACAUUGGCUACGAUUGGGACGCCAAAAAGAUCAUUAAACCUGCUAAAGGCGAUCAAAUUGAUGAUUUCUUGAGAAAAAUCGAAGAUCCUUAUUUCUGGAGAACUGUCAAGGAUCCACAAACUGGGCAAGAGGUUACUCUAACCGAUGCCGAUAUUGAACUGAUUAAACGAAUCAAUUCUGGAAGAAUUCCAAAUGGCGAACAUAAUGAAUAUGAACCAUGGAUUGAAUGGUUCACUUCGGAGGUUGAAAAGAUGCCAAUUAAGAAUGUUCCAGAUCAUAAAAGAUCUUUCCUUCCUUCAGUCCCAGAGAAGAAGAAGAUUGGAAAGAUGGUUCAUGCUUUAAAAAUGGGUUGGAUGAAAACAAUGGAAGAAGUCGAACGGGAGAAGAAAGCCAAACGUGGUCCUAAAUUCUAUAUGCUUUGGGAAACUGACACAAGUCGUGAUCAUAUGCGGAGAAUUCACGAUCCAGUGUCAGCUCCAAAACGUGAUUUACCUGGUCACGCUGAAUCGUAUAAUCCUCCUCCAGAGUAUCUCUUUGAUCAAAAAGAAAUGAGAGAAUGGGAAAGAAUGAAGGAGGAACCACAUAAGCGUAAAUUGCAUUUUAUGCCACAAAAAUACAAGUCGCUAAGAGCUGUUCCAGCUUAUCCAAGGUAUCUUCGAGAGAGAUUCCUUCGUUGUUUAGAUUUGUAUUUAUGUCCUAGAGCGAAACGUAUGAAGUUGAAUAUUGAUGCUGAGUAUUUGAUUCCCAAGUUGCCUAGUCCGAGGGAUUUGCAACCCUUUCCGACCACAGAAAGUAUGGUUUAUCGUGGUCAUACAGAUAUUAUUCGGUCGGUUAGUGUGGAAUCGAAGGGAGAAUAUAUUGUUACUGGAUCGGAUGAUACUACUGUUAAGAUUUGGGAAAUUAUCACUGGACGUUGCAUUCGCACUAUUGAAACCGGAGAGACAGUUCGUUGUGUGGCUUGGUGUCCCAAUGCCAAGUUGUCUAUUAUUGCAGUGGCAUCUGGCAAUCGGUUGCUUCUGAUCAAUCCUAAAGUCGGCGAUAAGUUGAUUGUGAAGAAGACUGAUGAUCUUCUGGCUGAGGUUCCUAAAGUAGACGAGAUGGAGAGUGAACGUAUCAGGACUGCCGUCCAAUGGUCAGUGGCUAACAAAGAGGAGCAGGAGAAGGGAGUUCGUUUGAUUAUCACACAUUUCAAGCCUGUCAGACAGGUGACAUGGCAUGGACGAGGUGAUUACCUUGCUACAGUUAUGCCUGAGGGAGCUAACAGAUCGGCAAUGAUUCAUCAGCUUUCGAAACGUCGCAGUCAGAUUCCAUUCUCAAAGAGCAAGGGAUUGAUACAAUUUGUGCUCUUCCAUCCUAUUAAACCUUGUUUAUUUGUGGCGACUCAACAUAACAUUCGUAUUUAUGACCUUGUUAAGCAAGAACUUAUUAAAAAACUACUCACCAAUUCCAAAUGGAUUUCUGGAAUGUCAAUUCAUCCUAAAGGUGAUAAUUUACUUGUGUCGACUUAUGAUAAGAAGAUGCUUUGGUUUGAUUUGGAUUUGUCAACCAAACCAUAUCAGACAAUGAGAUUGCAUAAGAAUGCAGUAAGAAGUGUGGCAUACCAUUUAAGGUAUCCUUUGUUUGCAUCUGCUAGUGAUGAUCAAUCGGUGAUUGUCUCUCAUGGAAUGGUUUAUAAUGAUUUGUUGCAGAAUCCAUUGAUUGUUCCAUUGAAGAAAUUACAAACGCAUGAGAAACGUGAUGAUUUUGGAGUUUUGGAUGUUAAUUGGCAUCCAGUGCAACCUUGGGUGUUCUCGACUGGAGCAGAUGCUACUGUUAGAUUGUUUACGUAAUGUUUUUUUCUUAAUGCAAAAGUAUAGGUUUUUAUUUUUUUUUUUUUUUAAUAAAUUUGAAUUAAAUUUAUGUGAACAAUGAAAAA